AUGGAAAUCGCUAGUCCUUCUUGUCGGGGGAUCAUUAGCACUUGCGAGAAACCGUUCAUCGGAAUGGACGUCCGAAAAGAAUGCGCUGGAGUCGACUUUACUCAAACUUGCCGCCAUGCUGGAUGCGCUGCAGAGCUCUGCACCCUCUUCGAAGUCGGGAUCGACAAGUGCCAGAAACUCUGCAAACUGGGCCCGCUCUCAGACGACUGCCAGAAAUGCCCAAGGAAUGGAGCUUGGAAGAGGGAAGAAGUUCGGGAGGGGAAGAGCAUCAUCGACGCGAUCAAUUCUCUUCCGUCGAAAAAGAAGAAAAAGGGCAAAAAGAACAAGAAGAAGUCGAAAAAGGCGAAGAAAUCAAAGAAACAGUCGAAAAAGCCGCUUUUGUUCAACACUGAAAUGCAAUCAUUUAAUCCCGAAGCAAUCAAACCCGACAAUGUUGGAAAGUGGCAGUUUUCCCUCCCAAGUUCAACAACUCCCCAAACAACAACAACCACAACCACAACAGCGACAACAACAACGAGCCCACCGUCAACAACAAAACCGACUCUCGAACCAACUCAGUCAACGUCAACUUCUUUCAUGAACGAACGGCUUCCUGGAAUUACAAACGCGAUUCAAAUUCAAUCAACUAAAUCUCCCAAGAAUUAUCCUCGUUUCGGCGAUUGCGAAGCUAGAAACGACCUGAAAGACGGCUCAAUUGAAUGUUACCCCUAUCGCGUUGGCUUCAUUUCUGCCCGCUGCGUCCACCGAUGCAACGAAGGAAAAUGGCUCCACGGCUAUCACAAGAUCCAGUGUCGAAAUGGCAAGUGGGAAGAAUACAGCACGAGUCGAUUCAGCGCGCCGAGCAUCAUCGACAUGGACAUUGACUUGACAAAGCCGAUCUGCAUCGACCACUGUCCUUGUCGAGAAGCUAAUGCUUGUCAAGCCAUGCCAGUUGAGCUCAACAAGAGUUUGUCGAUGAAGAUCGAAUGCCCGAUUGGGGGACGAAUCAGAGUCCAAGGAGCCGUUUAUGGAAGAUGGGAUGACCACUCUUGCACUGAUGAUAUUUACAUGGACAGAGAUUUUCCUACAGAUGUCUGCCCUCAAACCAGAAAAGUCGCCCGCGUCUGCUACGGCUGCUCCGACCAAGAAGCCUGCUGGUCUCAAUGGUCUUCUUGGGGCGAGUGCUCUGCUGAAUGCGGCUCUGGAAUCAAAACACGGCAACGAGCGUGCGUAAAGUUUGGAGAUGAAGACUGCGAAGGAUCGAAGUUUGACACAGAACAAUGCAACACGGAGCCCUGUGGUUGUCCUGAAAACACGCCUUGCAAAUGUGUGACGCAUUUGACUCCGGCUGGACAAAGCUUGUUGAAAUAUGAUUGCUCAAAUUUGCGCCUGACGAACACAAACACCGUCUCCGCCUGGCCAGAAGCUGAGUACUUGGACCUUUCGAACAACUCUCUCUUCUCAUCCCUCUACCUUCGCGCCUUUCUGCAGCAAAUGCCGAACCUGAAAAGAAUCGACCUCGAUGGAAACUACUUGACCGAAGUCGUCGAGGACCUCUUCGCCUCCAACCCUGCUCUAGAAUUUCUAAACUUUCUCAACAAUCGAGUCACGAGCGUUCCCGAAAAGCUCUUUUCUGAAAACCCAGAGCUCGAAGUUGUUUGGUUUUCUGGAAACAAGCUGGCAGAGCUUCCGCAAAACCUGUUUCAGCAAAAUCGAAAUUUACUCUUUGUUGAUUUCAGCCGAAAUUUUAUCAAAAAGAUGCCAAGAUAUCUUUUUAGAAAUAACUUCUUUCUUGACGAGGUCCAUUUUGAAGCCAAUACAAUGGAGCGCGUUUGCCGAGACCAAUUCCGAACGAACCCGAAUCUCCGAAUCGUCUCCUUUGUUGGAAACGGAGAGCUGCCAGAACUCAUCGAGCGAGCUUACUGCUCUGGUUUCAAAUUUUGCUACAGCUAUGGCGGAGGGCCGAUUUCAGUUCUUCUCGCGCUGCUGAAUGUUUAUGGCGAUGCCUGUUACCAAGGCUGA